AUGUCGACACCAUGGCCCUCCGCUAUGUAUCUGGUGGGCACAGUCUUGGUGCUUGUGCUGAUUGUGCUCUAUCGUCGUAACUCGGCUUUGCGACACAUCCCCGGCCUUCCAGGAGCUGGAUAUUCCUCCCUACGCCAUGUAAAGUCAAUCAUCUCGAAAGGACUGUUGAAGGAUUACGUGGCAUGGUGUCGCCAGUAUGGAGAACUGGUUCGCAUUGAGCCAAAUGCCCUCCUGACGUCAUCGCCUGACUUGGUGAUGCAUAUGUCUGGAGUCCGAUCCCGAUAUGGCAAGGAUUCGGCCUUUUAUCUGCUAGCUCACCUGGCGCCGGGAAAAGAGAACCUUGCCAGCUUGCUUGACGAUCCGACACAUAACCGCCAUAAAGCCUUACUAGCCCCUGCGUAUACGAAAGAUGUCAACGGUGUUCGAGAACCUACGAUUGAUGCCCACCUGCAAAAGUUUCUGCAAGACGUUCAGUCUAAUUACGUGUCAACAACCGCAGCCGUGAAGUUGAUGGAUCUGUCCAAGGGAUCGCAGUACUUUACCACCAAAGCCAUUAUCGAGCUGACCUAUGGUGCGGACUUUGAAGACCUUCUUGAAGACAAGGCUGUUGCCGGUCUGGUCGAAAUGCCUGAGGGUGCUUUCAAUAUGCCGGGAUUCCUCUAUGCCACUCGGCUUACAAAAGUAAUGGGGCUGAUCGGUCAAUUAACGGCUCCCAAGGAGAACGCGGAAGAGGGAUUGGGCAAGUUUUUAAACGUAGCUAGUCGCCUGAAGAAUCCCUCGGCGGACACCAAGAGACUUGGUAUGAUCCAGACCUACCUGCAGAACGGUAUGAGCCCCGAGCAGGUCGCCCACGAUGCACUGACACAGGUGCUUGCGGGACAAGUCACCGUGUCGGCUGCAAUCAGUGGGAUCAUGAUUCUGCUAAUGAACAACCCUCGCGUUCUCUCAGCGCUGCGCAAGGAGGUUGACGCUGCCGUCAGCGACGGUGCGAUGUCUCUGGACAAGGAUAUUAUUAGCUACUCAAAAACUUUGGCCUUGCCAUAUCUACAAGCCGUUGUGCGCGAAGGUCUUCGUUUUUUCCCACCGACCGUCGACCCCCUGCCCCGAGUGGCACCCCAAGAGGGCGACAGUGUCAAGGUGGGUGAUCGAACUGUCUUCAUCCCCGGCGGCACCAGAGUGCUGACCAGCACUUGGAGUAUCACAAGAAACACUGAAGUCUUUGGCGAGGAUGCGGACGCGUUCCGGCCGGAGCGCUGGAUCGGGCUGGACUCGCCGAAAAGCGCGCGAAUGCAGAAAGUAGCGGACCUGAUCUUCGGAUUUGGAAAAGGCCGCUGCUUGGGCAUCACGAUUGCGCGGAUCAUGAUCUGUAAAUCCAUCUUCGAGCUUAUUCGUCGCUUUGACAUGGCUCUCUCCGAGCCGUGGUCGCCAAUGACUAAUGUGCUGAACAUGGGCGCGUGGGAGCGUAGUGGGAUGAUGGUCGUCGUGACGGAGAGAGAGGAUAAAUAG